GCGGCAGCGUCCCGCGGGCGGCGGCGCCGCGCAGAGCUCCGCGCAGAGCCCCGCGGCCAGGCGGCAGCGCCCGCGACCUCCAUCCCGGGCAAGAUGUGGCGGCGCUGGGAAGCGGGAUGGGACGAGAAGAGGGAGCUGCAGGAGCUCAACUCCCGGCUGCGGCUCUUCGUGGCCCGCGUGCGGGAGCUGGAGGAGGAGAACCGCUUUCUGGCGCGGGAGCUGGCGGAGCUGCGGCGGCAGGAGCUGGUCGGGCUGCGGGUGCCCGAGCAGGAGCUGGCCGCGCUGCGCAUGCAGCUGGACGAGCUGACCCGGGCCAAGCUGGAAGCAGAACUGGAGCGGGACGGGCUACGGCGGGAGCUGGAGCAGCUGCAGCUGCUGGGCGCCGAGGUGCUGGCGAUGCGGCGGCGCCUGGAGCCCGAGCUGCUGGCGCAGCGGCGGCUGCUAGAGCGGCUGCGGGGCGAGUGCACGGCCCUGGAGGAGCUGCUGCGGCGGCUGCAGGCCGAGCACGGGCACCUGGCGGAGCGGCAGCGGCGGGAGGCGCUGGAGGUGCGGGAGCUGCGCGUGGAGCUGGCCGCCCUGCCGCCUCCCUUAGCCGAGCUGAGCCUGGAGCAGCUGGAGGAGACCUACGAGCUGCUGCUCGGCCAGAGCUGCCGGGAGACCCUGCUGCGCUACCAGGAGCAGAUCCAGGCGCUGCAGGAGCAGGAGGCGCGGCAGAGCCAGGAGAGCCUGGAGCUGCUGCGGCAGGAGAGCCGGCAGUGCCGGCAGCACCUGGAGGACCUGCAGCGCCAGGGCCGGGAGCUGUGCGCGCUGCGGGAGCGGCUGCAGCGGGAGCUGCUCGCCCUGCGGGACCACCACGGCGCCCAGCUGGACGAGUACCAGCGGAUAAUCGAUGCCCUAGAAGAAGAAAAGCAGUUCCUGACCAUGUCCAUCACAGAUUACCUAAAGGACUAUCAAGAACUCCUGCAAGUGAAAGCAGGCCUCAUCCUUGAAAUUGAAACUUACAGAGCUUUGUUAGAAGGAGAGAGCAACCAGUGGAUUAUUACAUGCACAGAGGAGCAUUUAGGGAAAAUCCCUAAAGAUGUUAUAAACACUUCAUAUAACUACACUGAUAUUUAUUCUACUUAUCAAGAACAGAAUAAAAAGAAAGCCUUUCCAGAUAUCAGAAGCACUGAUUCAAGACGCAGAAUACCAAUGACAAAUAUUAGCAGCUCUGCACGUUAUUCAGUUCAAUCAACACAGGCUGGAUCACAGACAACAGCUAGUGGAAAAUCUUUUGGAAGAGAUGUGCUUGGUUCAAUAUAUCAUCCGUCCACAACUGUUAAAAAGGAUGAAAGGAUUGUGGCAGACCACAGAGAAAUGAGAACAUUUACUCCAGCCUACAGGAGCUGGAAAAACACUGAAAUGCAACCAAAUAAAUUUCCAGAAACAAAGAAAACUGAAGUUACAACUUCAUCCACAGUAUAUUUUUCAAAAGAAUCAAACAAGGACCACAAAGUUGACACAAAGCCAGGAAUUGCUGAAAAUAUAAGGACAAAACCAAGCUUCACCAAAUCAUCCAAAUAUGAAGAAACCAUAACUGAAACUCAGACCUCACUAAAAGAAAAAAGAGAAGGCAGUAAACCAGCUGAAGAAAAAAAGAUUCUGUUGAAAGAAAAAGAUAAACUAGAAAAACAGACAAAGGAGGAGAAAGAUAGUUUAUUGGAGAAAAAGCAAAUGGAUGAGAAACCUUUCAUGGAAAACAGAAGUGUUAAUUUUGGAAAGAAGACUGAGGCUAAAAUAGAGGUAGAGCAGAAAAAAUAUGUCCAUGAGGAAGUGAUCAGCCAGAAGGUACCAGGGGGGGAUAUUCCUAAUGCAAGAACAUUGAGAAGUGAAUCAACCAGAAAAGAGACAAAUGUGACCUUGGAAUCAAGAAACAGAGACGUCGCUGAGAUGCCCAUCAGUACUGAAAUGCCUGCUCCUGACAAAGUAUCUCAGAAUAAAAAUGAAGACAUAAAGUUGCAAGGUUUUAAAACUUCCAUAGAAAGAGAUGAGCAUGUAACUAAGCCUGCUGAAAUUCACAAAGUGACAGUUUCAGAAGCAGAAUCUGGUCUAAAAGAUGAAGAGAGAAUUAGCGACAGAAGUAAGAAAAUGGGGUCUCUGUCAACUGAAAACAUAGCGGAAAAUAUUGUUGCUGAUAUUCUUAAAAGUUUUGUGCAGUCCCCUACUUCACAAAUAACAUCAGACACAAAGGUGACUUACUUCAGUAAGAAAGAGCAGCCAGAUGAUGGGAAAAUAAAGACUGAGAUCACAGUACAGUCCCAAGUUCAAGAAAACAUAGACAUUUCUGAUGAAGUUGAUCUCGGAGGUCUAUCAAGCCAGGAUGUUAAAAAAGCAGUUCUAGAGGAUGUGGAGAGAACUCCUUCCAAAGAGGAGAUAGAAGAUAUAGUACAUCAUGGCCUGAAAGGAAGCGAGGCUGGAAAGAGCGUGUCUGUUAAUGUUGAGAUUGUAGAGGAGCCACUAGAUUAUGCCACUGAUGAAAGGACUGAUUUUUCAACACCUUUUGAAGUAGAGGAAGUGGAGGAUACAUUCCCUGAAGCAGAGAGGCAUUAUGGUGAUGAGGAACAAAUCAUAACAUCUACAUAUGAAGAUCUUGAAAAGAAGAAACAACGCCAUGAGAGUUAUACUCCUGUGGAAGAAGUAACUGAGGAAGACGACUCACCUAUUGAACAGAAAUAUUUUGUAUCUGUUCCUGAUGAUCAUCCUGUUGUUCAUGAAAAAAGUGAUGACUCAUUAUAUGGGCAAAUUCAUAUAGAAGAAAAGUCAACUAUUAAGUAUUCUUGGCAGGAUGAAUUUUUGCAAGGCGCACAAGGCAAGAGAGAGGAAGGUGCAAGCUCUCCAGAGGUAACAUAUCAAGUGGUAGGAGAGGAAGCAAGUGCCCAUAUUUUAAAAGAAGAACAUCCAAAAGCUGAAACAUCCCAUGUUGAAUCCAUUGUUACUGCAAAAGAAAUUAAAAUACCCCAUGAAUUUCAGACUUCAAUAAAGGGCCUUUUAUCAAAGGAAACUAAGGACCCUAAGCAUCAACUGAAAGAAGCUUUGGAGCAGCUGGAGGGCAGUCUCCCAGAAAGUGUGAAAGAGGAGCUGUCUGCAUUAACAAAAGAAAAUCAAGCUGAUUCCAGUAGCUUAGAAUUUGAUAUCAAAAAAGUUGAUCAAACAGAGGACAGUGGCUUGGUUACAAUUGUUGCUGAAGUCAGUCUGUCACAGACCCUUAACACUAAUGAGUUUGAUGUAGCUCAGCUUGAUGAAGUAAUUGCAGGUGAGAAGAUACCAUUCCAUUCCUUGAAAAAAGAGAGCUCAGAGAGAGUUGUUGAUGGUAAAAACAAUAUAGAAACAGAUGUUUCUUCAGGCAGUGAUAAAUACACUCCUCUGGCUAAUCAACAAGUCUAUACUUCAUCCACAAUGAGAAGGAGUGGAGGCACAGGGUAUCAUACCACUGAAGAAGUUAUUUAUGAUGGUUCAGUUUUGGAAACUGCAGAUUUUGGAGAAGUCUCUCACUCACCAGAUUUAACUGAUAAGAGCAAAUCCAUAAGGCAAAUUAAGAUUGGUCCAGCAGAAGUACAGAAAAUUGAGCGAGUUGUAUAUGAAAGGCCUGGUUCUGAAACUCUAGGGCUAACAGGUACAGAAGAUCUUGUUCAUACAGAAGGAUCAUCAGAGAUUAGCAGAUCUGUCAGGCAUUUUAAACUGGGUCCUAAAGAAAUCCAAACCACAGAGGAGAUAAUUUAUAGAGGCCCUGUUACUACCACUGUAGAGGAGAUAGAUUCUGGAAAUCUUUCUCAGCAGAAGUUUUCAACAGACUUUAACAGGUCCACAAGACGUGUAACAGUAGGAUCAAGGCAAGUAACUGAAGAAGUCAGUUUUGAAGGGCCUGUUUCAGACUCUCUGGAGCUCAGUAGCUCAGGGAAUCUUUCUCAGGCAGAAGGGUCUAUGGAUGUCAACAGAUCAAUAAGGCACAUUAGACUAGGUCCAAAAGAGAUUCAUACUGAGCAAGUUAUCUUUGAAGGACCAAUCUCUAGUAAAGUGGAGCUCAGUGAUACUAGAGACUUUUCACAGACAGAAAGUUCAGUAAGGCAUGUUCAGUUAGGUCCCAAAGAGUUUAUGACAACUGAACAGAUCAUCUACCAGGGGCCCGUUUCAGAGCACAUAGAAAUCAGUGAAUCAGGAGACCAGAUUCUUUCAGAAGGUUCAAUAAAGCACAUUAGAGUAGGUCAAAGAGGAGUUAAAACUACUGAACAAAUCGUAUAUCAGGGCUCCCUUUCUGAAACUCCAGAGCUCUUUAACAAAAGAGAACAUCUUUCUGAGAAUGAAGGAAGCUCAGAUAUUAAUAGAGCCUUGAGGCAUAUUAAAAUAAGUCCAGUAGAAACUCAUGCUGAGCAAGUAAUCUUUAGAGAGCCUAUUUCUGAAAUGCUGGAAGAUCUUUCACAAACAGAAGAGUCAUCUGAGAGCAGCAGAUCAGUAAAGCACAUUAAAUUGGGAUCCAAGGAAUCAUCUUUUACUUUUCAAAUGGAUGUUUCCAGUACGGGUGGAGUAUCUACAGUGGCAGGUGGAGAACAAGCAACAGUCGGAGUAUUCAAUAAGCAAGACACUUCUGUUAGUCAAUCACAGGACACAGCCAAAAGUGACCAGAUUGUAGAAGACGAAACUAACACAGGAGGUUAUGUUCUCUCCAAUUUUUCCCAAGAUCAUGGUGAAAAGGUAGUGGAAAGAUCAUUUUUUGAUAAAACUGUACAAUUGCAAAGAAUGGUAGACCAACGGUCAGUUAUUUCUGAUGAAAAGAAAAUUGCCGUUCUCUAUUUGGACCAUAAGAAGGAAGAAGAUGAUGAUAAUGAUGAUGGACAGUGGUUCUGAAAGGACUUAAAUGAAAACUACCUAGUAAUUUGUUUAAACAUAUUUCUGAUUAUCUUUUCUUUUUUUAAAAAAAAGGAAAAAAAAGCAAGUAAGGAAACACUCAAACUAUUUAGGUAAUAAUAGUGGACUGAAAUACUGAAUCUGAGCAUCUACCUAUUCAUCACACUUUUCAUUUCAUUAAAAAAUUUACUUUAGGGAGAAAUCAUGCUAUCAUAUGCUUUUCCUCAGAGACCUGUUUCCAGUAAGUUCAGAUUUUUCUACCCAUAGAGACAGGAAUUUUCUACUGGGGAAUUCAAAAGAUUGUAUUUUUGUUUGUUUUAUAGCAGGUUAAUCAACAAGUAUGUGUUUGAAUAGGAUUUUUUUUUAAUAUUGUAUUGUAUUUAGAUACUAAAAUAUUCAGCAGUUCUGUUUAAAUCUCAAGCUACUAACCACAAACGUAACAGAAUAUAAAACUAAUGAGAGUGGUAGGUAGCUGAUUUUCAGUUCCAUGUCCAUAUGCUUAUGUGCAAUAUGUAAUGAAAAGAUUUUGAGAAAAGAUACAGUUAUUGUAGCUAUUAAAAACUAAAUACAACUCUGUAGGAUGAAACCAUUCAUAGCAAGUAUUGACAAAAAUGAUGCUAUUUAUAUAGUUAAAAUGAAAUGUAAAAAGAAAAGAGGUAAUACUGAAGCAAGAAUUCCUCACAAUAUUUAUUGUGUGGAAUAGUGAUUCUGUGUUUAGAGAGUAGAGCAUUAAAAAUAUUUAAAAAGAAAGCAAAUUAAAAAAAAGUAGAUACUAGUUUCACUGAAUUAAGCAGAACUAUUUACAGCUUCAGUGGCCAUACAUAUUAAUAAGUUCAACUCAUUAUUUUGGGAUAUAGUGUUACCUUGAUAUUAGGUAUUGCUAAUAAUGUUAAGUAUGCAGCAAACAUCACGUAAUUCCUUAACGCAGAGGAGUUAGCUAAUAAGUGUUUUAUUCUGAAGAAAACCCGUAAAAUUGCAUUGAUUGAUUCUGUGUUCAUUGUGUUUCAAAUGAUUUCCAGAUCAUCCUUUCUUUGUCAUUUCUUACAAAUGACAAGAUGCUCUUUCCAAUUAGUAGCCCUAUAAACCCAACCUGAGAUUGGAAUGUUCCUUCUUCCCCCCCUUCCCCCCCAAUUUUAAUGUUAUUCUCAGGCCAAAGCUUAUAUCUACUUCCAUUAUUUGAAAAUCCCCUAAUUUCACUUGGACUGCACAGGUGGCUAAAUGAAGGCCAUAAUUCAGCUUUACAAUUACAAGCCAGUGACUCCAAAGUCCAGACUGGAAACCAGCUCCAAUAACUGUACUAAACUGUGCGGUGUUAGCAAAAGCAAAAAUAGCAGCCAAAAUAUAUCUGUCACUGGGGUAAGAAGAUACGAUUCUGGACACAUACAGGAAAUAAGAUACACAAAAUAGAAGCUGCUAUUUUUACACACACUUGCUCACUCACACCUUUCUGCAGAGUGGACCCACACCUGCGUCCGGCUGGCUGCGUUGGGCCAGCUGGAAGCCUUUCACUCUGAACUUCUUUCCUGUGGUUAUGUAAGCAUAGUUUUGUGUGUGCUAACCCAAAUUAGAAUCCAGUUGAAUCAUUUUAGUCUGGCAUGCCUAUUCACUUUUCAGUUUCCUUAACAGAAGCUAGAUUUUUCAAAACUGACUGCUAUGUUAUAAUACAAACGUAAAUGAAAACUAUGAUGAUGUCUGCCGUUUCAGAUACGGGGCAGAUUAAUUCAUUGCUGUGUGCCUUAGUUACCAAGCUUGAAACUACAAAGUAUAUUAAAGCUGCUAUCAGUAUUGCAAAGAUUAAAUGAUGAGGUUUGUCGGCAUUGCAAAAUUUUAUGUAUAUUUUCCUGACUUUAUAUAAGUACAGCAGUGUGAGUUUUAAACUUAUUUAAAUAAUCCUAUAAAAGCUUGAUUUUUCCAGCAAGAUGCCUAACUAUAAGUACUCAAAUGCUGUACUUGAAGUAUUAAAUAUUUGCAUACAGACAGGAAUCAGGUCUGUGAUAAGCCCCAGAAUUAGCAAAGUAAGUGUUAGUUUUCUGAAAGUUUGAUUCUAAGUUGAAACUUACGCAGUCCUCUGUAAAAUAGAUACAAGAAUAUCUACAGAAAAUGUAUGCUGUAACCAACAAAAAAAGCUGCUUAUAAGGUCAAGCCUAUUUAUCGAUGCCUCGUGGAUCUCUGACAGACAUUCUCCUUAGGAACAACUACACUGACACUCUAUUAUGUUUAUCUUCACCUGCUCAGAGGAUUAUAGUGUCAGAUGAUGGAAUAAAGCAGUAAGGAGCAAGUGAAUCAUACCAUGAAGAUGUCCUUAGUAUUGCAGGAGGGAAAAUAUCAGUAUUGUUUCCACUGAGGCAACAACAACUCUUUAAAAACUCCUAUAGAAAAGCCUGUCAGAUGUAGCAGCAUAUACCAAUAUUUAUUUCCGCAUUAUUGAUUAUUGAUUGCCUGGAGGGAAAAUUUAUUCUGUGUACUUAGUUUAGUUCCAUUUAUGAUCAGGAUUUUAAUUAGCUGUUGGAAAAUUAGUUUAUUGCAAGGAACUGAAAAUGUGCAUUAAUGUAAUAUUAGAGGAUGUGAACAGUUCCUGUUCAUGAAUACUUUUGCACAAAUACUUUCAGGCUGCUUUGAAAACACAGACAUGUUAUGAAAAAAGGGUACAAGUUUUAAAAACAUUUUUAUAAGCCAUCCAUUUUUCAUUUAGCUCUCGUUAAUCUGAGAUGUUUUGACAUAACGAUAGCACUGGUAAAGUUACCUCCAGGCAACACGAUGUGGUGAAGUGGGCAAUCACGUUCUGCAGUCCCAACGGUUGCAUAUGCAGAACUGGGGCCGUAGGUACAUGCACUACUAGUAAAAGCAAAUAUAACCUGCUGUCUAAUGUACUAAUUCACCCUGUAUGAACACUUUGUGCAUAAGUAGCAUAGCCUGAGGCUGAAAGGAUUGGUGAUAUAACCUUAGUUAGCAUGCAUUGCUGAAGCUUACUCAUAUAAGUUGUGCUUUUCAUUAAAUACAAGUAAGAUGAACUUUGCCAAGUUUGGAUUCAACCAAAUGCUUUUAAAAUACAAUUACUAAUUUUGAGGGUAAAAAUAUAUAUAUUUAUAUGCUGAGAUAGAUCAGAACUGGGGCACUCUUUUCUAAAUGUGUAAGCCACUGGUGUAGAAAACAAAUAUAGAUCAUAAAGAAAGAUGUAUGAGAGGCCUAGAACUAUUGACUGAUGUUUGUGAAUAGUAGGUGUUUAAAAGACAGUCAGGAUGUUGAAAUAGGGUUUGUUGUUGUUAGCUAUGUGAGACUUUGCAGGCAGCUUGUGUUUUGGUCAUUUGCAAUGAAACUGCGUUUGUGUGGUGGUAUAAGCUUUGUGAUUUUACACUUUUUCACUCUUGAGUAUUAAACGAUCAAAAUCAA